CAUAGGAAACAUUAAAUGCUGGAAUGGUGGAGGUGGUUUUGUUUCAUAUAGAUGUGACUUUACCUCCCUGAUAACAUUGUUUUCCUGUGAGAGGGAAAUUUCUUCUUCAUCAGUAUGGAUGCAUUGUUUUUACACUUUAGAAGUGCUGUGUUGCCUUGUCAAUCAUCCUAUUACAACCAGUUUAAGACCAGUAGGACUGACGAACUUGUGUGUGAUUGGGUACCAUAUGCUGGGAGGGAUUUGUUGGAAGGAAGGGCUGCAGUCUUUCAGCAACAGAGUUCAGGCUGUGUCUUUGCUUCAUCAUCUGAGAGAAAAUCCUCAGAUAAGGCAUAAGGCUUUCAGUGUCCCAAAAAAAUAGGUUGAUAAUUAUUGUACAUGAAAAAUACUCCUCAUAGUGAUGCAAUGGAAAAGAUGUGGUCAUUUGAUUAUAUACGUUUCUGUUCACAUUGUAAAUGUGUCGAAUAGACAGAGCUAAACAAGGUCAAUUACUAAAAAGUGCCUUUGUGAAGUCACUUUUACAAGAGAGGACUGCGACUCCUGAAUGUGUUUUCAAAAUAUCAUCUCUGCCAGCUAGACUUUGCCCUGACCUUAUAUGUCACGGAAAACACCUCAACUGUCUUGGUUUGCCAAUUGCUUGAUGUGAACUGGCUUCCAUAUUAAAAAAGCUGAAGAAAGAAUUAUUGCCAGAACGUGAAUAAGCUGACUGCAUUGCUUUUCUUGUGCAAUCAAUACCAGCAAGUAGCCUGCAAAGAAUUAAUACUAUAUCAAGGAGUGCCAUUGGAUUAAAGUAAUUUAAUUUAAAAAAUUGUGUCAGUGAUCCAAUCAAGAGACUCAGAUAUUUUACAGACAGAGAUGCUACUGAGCAUGAUUUUUUUGCAGCCAAAAGUCUAGAAGUGGGACAUAUUGAUUGAUGAGUGACUGCUUGCUGAUAAAUUGUCUUUGCUCAUUCUGCUUUGUGUAUUGGGCUCCAUUAAGCAAUUUAUUACUUCAUUGCUGCUAGGAGCUCUGUGGGUAUUUUUUCUCUCUCUCAACGAUAGUUUUUGGAAUUGUUGCUCUGCAUAAUUCACUUAAUAGUCAUUCAGAAAACCUAAAUUGGUUUUUCAUCAUGGCUUUGAAUGUUGCUCCUGUAAGAGAUACAAAAUGGCUGACAUUAGAAGUGUGCCGACAGUUUCAGAGAGGAACUUGUUCGCGCUCUGAUGAGGAAUGCAAAUUUGCACAUCCCCCCAAAAGUUGCCAGAUUGAAAAUGGAAGAGUUAUUGCCUGCUUUGAUUCUCUAAAGGGUCGUUGUACAAGAGAGAAUUGCAAGUAUCUUCAUCCACCAACACAUUUAAAAACUCAACUAGAAAUUAAUGGCAGGAACAACUUAAUCCAACAGAAAACUGCAGCAGCCAUGCUUGCCCAGCAGAUGCAAUUCAUGUUUCCAGGAUCACCAAUUCAACCAGUGCCCACGUUUCCAGUAGGUCCAACAAUAGGAACAAACACAGCUAUAAGCUUUGCUCCUUACUUAACACCUGUAACCCCUGGAGUUGGGAUAGUUCCGACUGAAAUUCUACCCACGCCGCCUGUCAUUGUUCCUGGAAGUCCGCCUGUGACAGUCCCUGGUUCGACUGCUACUCAGAAACUCUUGAGGACUGAUAAACUGGAGGUAUGCAGGGAGUUCCAGCGGGGAAACUGCGCGCGGGGAGAGACUGACUGCCGCUUUGCACACCCUGCAGAUAGCACAAUGAUUGAUACAAAUGACAACACUGUUACCGUUUGUAUGGAUUACAUAAAGGGGCGUUGCAUGAGGGAGAAAUGCAAAUAUUUUCACCCUCCUGCACACUUGCAGGCCAAAAUCAAAGCUGCUCAACAUCAAGCCAACCAGGCUGCAGUGGCAGCGCAAGCAGCUGCUGCAGCUGCGACAGUGAUGACUCAGUCGACUGCCAAAGCAAUGAAGCGACCUCUCGAAGCAACUGUAGACCUGGCCUUUCCUCCUGGUGUUCUUCACCCAUUACCAAAGAGACAAGCACUUGAAAAAAGUAAUGGUGCCAGUGCCAUUUUUAAUCCCAGUGUCUUGCACUAUCAACAGGCUCUUGCCAAUGCACAGUUGCAACAACAUGCAGCAUUUAUCCCAACAGGGUCAGUUUUGUGCAUGACACCCGCUACCAGUAUUGUACCCAUGAUGCACAGCGCUACGUCCGCCACUGUCUCUGCAGCAGCAACUCCUGCAACAAGUGUCCCCUUCGCCGCAACAGCCACAGCCAAUCAGAUAAUCCUGAAAUAAUCAGCAGAAAUGGAAUGAAAUGUCAAGAGGCCUCACUGAGAGUGACAAAACAUUGUUAUUGUACAUACUAUCCUGUCUCUUCCUCUCUAGAAUUGCCACAAACUGCAUGCUAAAUAAACAAGAUUUUGUUCUUAUGGACAGAUCACAAAUUCUAAAAAGCUAGUGCUGCUGUAUUAUAUAUGAUUAUUAAAUAUGGUAUGCUUAAUAUAUUCCAACCUAAAAUAGUUAACUACCUGAUACCAGCUGUGAUGUUUCAAGACAUAAAGGGUAACAUUUUACUUUUAAAGAUUUUAUAAACACAGUUUACUUCAUAGGAAUAUUUAUUGUCUCCAUAACUACAGCUAAUGGAAAUGGUCCCAUUAAUUUAGUAAUGUAAGAUUCACAAUUUUAUGAAUCUUUCAAGUUUAGCAAUAAUUAAUUUACAUUGACUAAAAUAUAUUCCAGUUGCAGGUUUGAUUUCUAACCCUAAUUAUUAUUUUAACCAAGCAGAAAAACAAGAAGUCCUAUGUUUACUUCCCUAGUCAGUUGACUCCAAGACAAAGAAAGGAAGUGAAACAAAACCCACUACCCCCACUCAUUACCCUAUAAGUCUAAAUUUUACAUAGUAAAUCGAAUAUAAAGCACAAAUUCUUUAGAUGCAUGUAAGCUGAUAAUUGACUUGUAUAGAGAAGCUGCAUUGAAUCAUGGGACAACAGAAAAAAAUUAAAACUUUGCACGGUAUGAACUUCAUACCCCCACAACAAAGUCUUGAAAAUAUUAUUUUAUGAAUAUAUUUAUAAUGUUUUUUAAAGAGACUUUGCAGAAGUGCCUAAAUUUUCCCACAUCACACUUGAAACAAGUGAGGCUAAUGCCAACAAUCUAAUCUACAAUAAGUGACUAAUCUUUUAAAUGCUCAGUCAGGUUACCUAAAAGAGUCAAAUUGUUGUUGAGGCAACUUCUAUCAAAAACAACAACAAAAAGGUGAGGAGAUUUGGAAGAUACUUUACUUUAACUAACAUUGAGUUCAGUCACUGAAGACCUGAUAAGUGACUUUAAUCUAGACUAUUAACUAAACAUUAAAAAUGUAGGGAGAGUUUCAGUUUAAUAAAUCAUUACUGAUCUUGCAUUUUUAAAAAUUGGAUUAAAGGGUUGUAACCGGAUUACAGCAUGGAAGAAAAAAAUAGUACUUUUAAACUUUUUCUUUAAAAACAUAUUUUAUGUCACAGAAAUAUGAAGAUAUCUUUAAUACAACUAUAUACAUAUUAUAUAUAUACAUACAUACAUAUAUAUGGACUAAAUAGAUUUUAAUGUUGUUUACUUUUUUAAAUACAUUGUUGAUUUACAUGGUAAUUAUAUAUGUACAAUAAAAUUUCAUUUAGGUUUGGUUUAAGAUUUAUUUCCAGCACUACUGUACCAAAUAUUUCAUAUUUUACAUUUUGUACGUUGCACACAUUACAAAUACAUAGUUUUUAAAUUAUUGUUUAAAAAUCAAAACAGCUGUUAUAAGUGAAUAUUAUGUAUAAUUGUUGGCAACAUCAGUUUUCUAUGUGAACAUUGUUAGUGAUUGCAGUAUUUUAACUUAACCUUUUCAGAUUGAUUGUAAACUGUUUUAAACUUUGGCAGCACUGCCUUUUCUGAAAGGCACUAGAGGCACUAAUGGAAUGAUUAUUUGUCUAGAAAAUUGUUUUUCAUUCUAAAUUUUGUUUGUCAAAUGUCUGAUUACUAUCUAUUUAUAUUAAAGCUGUAGAUCUGAUCACCCAAAAGAAAAAAAAAUCACAAUCUGAUUGUAAAAUUAACAUAGUGGUUGUAAUGUUGCAUUUGUUUUAUUUUGUGGGGGAAAACAUGUAUCUUAACUUGUUACUUUAGCAGUUAAGGUAUCACCAUUAUGUACUAUUAAAACACUAAUAUUUGUAGACUUUCUCAGUCAUUAUAACUAGGUAGUUGACAUUGCAACUUGCCUAAAUCUGUCAAAGUUGUUUUUAUUUUUUUUAAUAAUAGUUCAUUUAGACAUUUUGGUAGCUUAUUGUAAAAGACUAAAUGGUAAAUUAUCCAUGUUGUUUAAAUAUUUUAUGUAGAGGACUCUCUAAAACACUGUUUGUGCAAACUUUUUAUGUUUCAUGAUAAUUAUUCUAUAGUUUUUUUAUAAUUACUUCAGUACUACUAUUUUUUGCCCAUUCGUGACAAAGCUUCAGAUACUUCAAGUCUUGCAUCCAGACAAACCUACAAAACAAAAGAAAAAAAUGUAUUUUUAAUAUGAAA